UGGGCGGCCCGGGGUGGGGCGCCGAGAGGCCCGGGGCGGAGGGCCCGGCAGGCGGCGGCGGCGGUGACCGUGGCGAUGCGCCGCGCCCCGCCGAGCCCGUCCCGCCGCGCGACGUGAGGCGGCGGCUCCCGGACGCGGGCCGCGGUCAUGGGCACCCUGGGCAAGGCGAAAGAAGCUCCGCGGAAACCUCCUCAUGGCUGCAGAGCUGCCCCUAAAGCAAAAUUAGAGGCGAAGCCAGCCAGCAGCCCCGGCCCCUCCCACCCCAGCCUGGCCCAGAUCACCCAGUUCCGAAUGAUGGUGUCGCUGGGACAUUUAGCCAAAGGAGCCAGCCUGGACGAGCUCAUCGAUAGCUGCAUUCAAUCUUUUGAUGCAGAUGGAAACCUGUGUCGAAGUAACCAGCUGCUGCAGGUUAUGCUGACCAUGCACCGGAUCAUUGUGUCCUCUGCAGAGCUGCUCCAAAAAGUGAUGGUGCUCUAUAAAGAUGCCUUGGCAAAGAAUUCUCCAGGACUUUGCCUGAAGAUCUGCUAUUUUGUAAGAUACUGGAUCACGGAGUUCUGGAUCAUGUUUAAGAUGGACGCCAGCCUGACCCAUACCAUGGAGGAGUUCCAGGACCUGGUGAAAGCCCAUGGGGAGGAGUUGCAUUGCCGGCUCAUUGACACAACUCAGAUCAAUUCCCGUGACUGGUCCAGGAAACUGACUCAAAGGAUAAAAUCGAACACCAGCAAGAAGCGGAAAGUCUCUCUGCUCUUUGACCACCUGGAGCCAGAAGAGCUCUCGGAGCACCUCACCUAUCUGGAGUUCAAGUCCUUCCGGAGGAUAUCGUUUUCCGAUUAUCAGAACUACCUGGUGAACAGCUGCGUGAAGGAGAACCCCACAAUGGAGCGGUCCAUCGCCCUGUGCAACGGCAUCUCUCAGUGGGUGCAGCUGAUGGUUCUCAGCCGCCCCACCCCACAGCUACGAGCGGAGGUGUUCAUCAAAUUCAUCCAGGUGGCUCAGAAGCUCCACCAGCUCCAGAACUUCAACACACUGAUGGCAGUGAUUGGGGGGCUCUGCCACAGCUCCAUCUCCAGGCUCAAGGAGACAAGCUCCCACGUCCCGCAUGAGAUCAAUAAGGUUCUGGGGGAGAUGACUGAGCUACUGUCCUCCUGUAGAAACUAUGACAACUAUCGCCGCGCCUAUGGAGAGUGCACCCACUUCAAGAUCCCCAUCCUGGGGGUGCACCUUAAGGACCUCAUCUCACUGUAUGAAGCAAUGCCAGACUACCUAGAGGAUGGGAAGGUGAACGUGCACAAGCUACUGGCCCUGUACAACCACAUCAAUGAGCUGGUGCAGCUGCAGGAGAUGGCCCCACCACUGGAGGCCAACAAGGACCUUGUGCAUCUGCUGACGCUCUCCCUAGAUCUCUACUACACAGAAGAUGAAAUCUACGAGCUCUCCUAUGCCAGGGAGCCCAGGAACCACAGAGCACCCCCGCUAACACCUUCAAAGCCACCAGUAGUGGUAGAUUGGGCCUCUGGAGUAUCUCCUAAACCUGACCCAAAGACCAUAAGCAAACAUGUCCAGAGGAUGGUGGAUUCUGUCUUCAAGAACUAUGAUCAUGACCAGGAUGGAUACAUUUCUCAAGAAGAGUUUGAAAAGAUAGCAGCAAGUUUCCCAUUUUCCUUCUGCGUAAUGGACAAAGACAGGGAAGGACUCAUUAGCAGAGAUGAGAUCACAGCCUACUUCAUGAGAGCCAGCUCAAUCUACUCAAAGCUGGGCCUGGGCUUUCCUCAUAACUUCCAAGAGACCACCUACCUGAAGCCCACUUUUUGUGACAACUGUGCUGGAUUUCUCUGGGGAGUGAUCAAACAAGGAUAUCGCUGUAAAGAUUGCGGGAUGAACUGCCACAAACAAUGCAAAGACCUGGUUGUGUUUGAGUGCAAGAAGCGAUCCAAGAAUGCAGCAGCUCUCACAGAGCACAGCACCUCUGGGGGGCCAACACCGGACCUCUGCUCACUAGGAGCCAGAGACCUGCUCCAUGCGCCCGAGGAAGGAGGACCUUUUACACUCCAUAAUGGGGAAGCUGUGGAACACAGUGAGGAGAGUAAAGACCGGACCAUCAUGCUCAUGGGCGUGUCCUCACAGAAGAUCUCUGUUCGGCUAAGGAGGACUGUUGCCCACAAGGCCACACAGACCGAAUCCCUGCUCUGGCUCGGAAGUGAGGGCUCUGCCAGCCCUUUUGUGCUGUCAUCCCCGAGGAAGACAGCCCAAGAUACACUCGAUGUGGUUCCUGGCCCCACAUCUCCAUGCCCCAGCCCAGUCUUGAUCAGAAAGCGGGCUUUUGUCAAGUGGGAAAAUAAAGAUUCCUUCAUAAAAUCAAAGGAGGAGCUCCGUCACUUCAGACUCCCAACCUACCAAGAGCUGGAACAGAAAAUAAAUACUCUGAAAGCAGACAACGAUGCUUUAAAGACCCAACUGAAGUAUGCACAGAAGAAAAUAGAAACCCUCCGGCUUUCAAGAAGCAAUCAUGUCUUAGCUCAAAUGGAGCAGGAUAACUGUUAG